GCCUAAAGCGGGAGGGUUGGCAGGUCUGAUCUUGCAAGUUUUCUGGCUGAUGCCACCACGAAGAAAUUCUUUGUUGAGACUGCAGCUCCCAAAGGGGCAACCUGGCAUUUAAAUCCACCCGCUGCUCCACACUUUGGCGGAUUAUGGGAGGCAGGGAUUAAGAGUGUGAAAUCCCUUCUACUGAAGUCUGUAGGACUGCAACUGCUCACCUAUGAAGAACUAUGCACCGUUUUGGCUCAGGUGGAAGUAUCCCUAAAUUCCCAACCUCUGUGCGCACUGUCAGCGGAUCCCAAUGACACAUCUGCAUUGACCCCAAAUCAUUUCCUAACCUUUGGGCCUCCACAAGUGCUCCCAGAUAACGACACUACUUCGACUCCUGUGAACAGGUUACAGCGAUGGUCACUGGUCCAGCAAAUCCAUCAAUCGUUUUGAAAGCGAUGGCACCAGGAAUACCUGCAUCGCCUCCAACAGAAGAAAAAAUGGAUCAGUAGAGACAAGAAUGUGACCGAAGGACAGCUAGUGCUCAUCAAGGACUCAAACCUGCCCUCACUGCGUUGGGAACGACUGCGAGACGAUGGCCGCAGCAUGUUCGUCCCUGAGCGAGUCGUCCAGCCCUGGCAACCCGGAUGUGCUGUGCCACUCGCUGGAGGCUGCCCCGGCCGCAACUGCUCCCGCGGGGCCCUCGGGCGGGGCGGAGCCACCGAGCGAGCCUGACCAGGAUGGGUGGUGGGGGUACGAGGAGGAGGGCGAGGAGGGGGAGGAGGGGGACGACAUCACGGACUGCACGGGCCAGGGUGUCACCGGGUGCAAGCGCAAGUUGGAAGUACAAAAUUGUUUUCCAAGCAAGAAAUUAUUUCCAGAGGAUAAGACUGUCACAAGCGCAAGCUUGAAAAAAUUGUCUGGGGAAGGAUGCAUUCCUCUAGAAAAAAUUAAGGUUUCGAGGAGUGUCAUCCCUACUAAAGACAACCCCCCACCUGAAAUGAAUGAUUGGCUGUCACAGUUCAGGAUAUGGUCGAAUGCAGAGCGGCUGCUUGCAAUAGACCAGCUGAUCGAUGCAUGCGAGCCAACGCAGGUCCGACACAUGAUGCAGGUGAUAGAGCCCCAGUUCCAGCGUGACUUCAUCUCAUUGCUGCCCAAGGAGCUGGCACUGUACGUGCUGUCGUUCCUGGAGCCACGGGACCUGCUGCGUGCGGCACAGACCUGCCGCAGCUGGCGCUUCCUCGCCGAGGACAACCUGCUGUGGCGCGAGAAGUGCCGUGAAGCAGGCAUCGACGAGCUGCGCGACGCGCUGGCCAGGCGGCGCCAGCGUGGCUCCGCUGCCUCCCCUUGGAAGGCGGCAUUCAUGCGGCAACAUGCCAUUGAGAUGAACUGGAGGUUAAACCCGAUCCGGCCACCAAAGGUGCUUAAAGGCCAUGAUGACCACGUUAUUACUUGCCUGCAAUUUUCUGGUAAUCGAAUAGUGAGCGGUUCUGAUGAUAAUACUUUGAAAGUUUGGUCUGCUACAACUGGCAAGUGCCUGCGCACGCUGGUGGGGCACACGGGCGGCGUGUGGUCCUCCCAGAUGUCAGGCAGCAUCAUCAUCAGCGGCAGCACGGACCGCACGCUCAAGGUGUGGAAUGCAGAGUCGGGCCAGUGCAUCCACACCCUCUUUGGUCACACGUCCACAGUGCGCUGCAUGCACCUGCACGGCAAGAAGGUGGUGAGCGGCUCGAGGGACGCCACGCUGCGCGUGUGGAACAUCGAGAGCGGGGAGUGCCUGCACGUGCUGGUGGGCCACCUGGCGGCAGUGCGCUGCGUGCAGUACGACGGCAAGCUGGUGGUGAGCGGGGCCUACGACUACUUGGUGAAGGUGUGGAACGUGGAGCGCGAGGAGUGCCUGCACACGCUGCAGGGACACACCAACCGCGUCUACUCCUUGCAGUUUGACGGGCUUCACGUGGUGAGUGGCUCGCUAGACACCAGCAUCCGCGUGUGGGAGGUGGAGACAGGAACCUGCAAGCACACGCUCAUGGGUCACCAGUCACUCACGUCUGGCAUGGAGCUGCGCAACAACAUCCUGGUGUCUGGCAAUGCUGACUCCACUGUCAAGGUGUGGGACAUUGUCACGGGACAGUGUCUGCAGACCCUCUCAGGUACAAACAAACACCAGUCAGCUGUUACGUGUCUGCAGUUUAAUAACAUGUUCGUCAUUACGUCAUCGGACGAUGGCACCGUUAAGCUGUGGGAUGUCCGGACUGGGGAAUUCAUUCGUAACCUGGUGGCCCUCGACAGCGGAGGUAGUGGCGGCGUAGUGUGGCGUAUACGGGCCAACGAAACGAAGCUUGUCUGCGCGGUGGGCAGUCGCAACGGCACGGAGGAGACCAAACUGCUAGUGCUGGACUUCGAUGUGGAGUUGAAGUAUUGACAAGCGGUGUUCGCAAAAUACCAGCUUUGUGCCAGGCAGUUUACUGAUUCCUUCGUCUCUGUGCUCGCAUCAACGGGCAGGCAGAUAUGAUAUGCGUGUGGAGUGAAUUGUGCCAGCGACAUGGGUUGAAUGUGUGUGUGGUUCUGUUUGUUUUGUUUUCUCGUGUUCGAGUGCUUAUCUUCUAUGGCAGUCAGCUUGAGUAAACUGAAACUACAUUCCUGAAGAUACAUUACGGCAGCAAGUGGUUUUAGAACUGCACCACAGUGUAAAACACUUCCAGGUUGCUACUCAUUCAUUUAGUCCUGUAACAUGCUGGCUCCCAGAUUGCAGGCUGACCAUCACGUGUUUCAAAGAAUUUGCAAGAAGUACCAUUUUUGACAAGUUGUUCCUAAUCCUGAAAAUUAGAAAUGGUGACUGUUUAGGGAGACUUUUUUUAUUGUAAGUGAAUGUUAAUUUUGAAUCUUUAGAAUUACUUCAACUAUGUUAACGAAAAUCUGAGUUCUCAGCUCGUUCAGUCAUACAGCGAAACUGUCACACUGUAAAGUUUUUUAUUAUUUGUUUCUAGUUUUUCUAUCGGAGCCAUUUACAAGUGCUGUUGCCUUGGUUUUUGUGUUGACAAACACUAAGCCAAAGAACUAUGGCUUUGCCUUUCUACCAAACAUUUGUAUUGGGUGGUUAUUCAGAAACAUGAAGUUUCCAUUGUAUUUUGCAUAACUAAUGUUGGCAUAUAGUAAUGAUAAUUUUGUCAAUUUAAUAUGCUUCUGUACAGUAUAUUCUUUGCAGAUUCGUAUAAUAUAUUUUGUCUACUUAACUACAAAUGUUUUACAUCUUGUUAUUCAAGUUUGAUACCGAAUGUAAUUGACUAAUGAAGUUAUUUUUCUCGUGUUAAUUGAAUUGUGGUUUUUGUUUUUGAAACUGGACCUUAUGUGAAUAAUUUUAACAGUGUGUAAAUAUAUUUUUUUUUUUAGUUUGUUAUUUAUAUAUGUUGCGUCUCUCUUACAUGUGUUGUUUUCGCAGGUAAAUAAAAGUUGUUUUGUGAAA